AUGCCGGGUACUUCCGAUGCCCCGAUCGAAAUCGAACCUGGCCCUGUUCAGCAAGGAGACCUACUCACGUUUGACGAAGAUGGGGAUCUUAGACUGAUGGUCGGUACCAAUCCCUCGCAGGAGAUGCUCGCGGACUCUCACGUACUUUGCCGCACAUCUCCUGUUUUUCGCAAGAUGCUUCGUGGUCCAUUCGCAGAAAGGAAGCCUGGACAAGGAAAUUGGAAUAUCAAGCUUCCUGAGGACGACAGUGGAUCAUUUGCAGUACUCAUGGACAUGGCUCAUGGUUUAUUUUGCCUUGCCCAAGAAGAAACAACAGUCGACAGGCUAUACGGACUGUGUGUUCUCACUGACAAGUAUGACAUGGUCUCCGUCUUACGCCCAAUGCAAGGCCGGUGGUUCAAGAAGAUUGAAGCCAGCAUCAGUUCAUUCGCACUUCACAAUAGACUUCAUCGAAAGAUGAUGUUCAUCGCUUUUGAACUGGGGUACUCUGUCACUUUAAAGGGCUGGAUACUUAAUUUGAUGCAAAAGUGUCCCACCGACAUGAACGGAAAUUUCAUUGACAAGAACGAUGUACCGUUGAUGCAUUACAAAAACUUUGCCACGCCCCACAUGAGCAACAUACUGGAGCCCGAUGUGACCAUGAGUCUAUCCAGCUUGUGUCUGAAACUCGCAGAGGUCGAGAAAACAACUCAGGCUAAGUGUGGAUGUAGCUUUAUGUGGAAACUUAUGGGAGAUCUACAGAAAUUCGAGUGUGAAGUACUAACAACGGAGGAUGAAACCUACAUGAGGGGCCAAGCCGCAAAGUGUGAUCUUGCCCGUCCAGCUUGCCAAAGAUGUAUCAAAUAUGGAGCCGAAUGCCCAGGAUAUCGUGAUGAGCAGGAGCUCGUCUUUCGCAAUGCGAAUCCAACCACGGUCAAGAAGCGAAAGAAGAGGACACAACAAAAGACUCGGAUCGAGUCAGUCGUCUCAUUCGACACACCUUCAUCGUCUUCUUCUUCAAAUGAUGAUGCUGUUACACCAUCGACUUUCACAGAAGAUGACCGCGAAUUAAGCCCUGGCUCACCAGAGAUUGUUGACCUUGUCAAUUACACCAACUCUGGAAAUACUCUUAUUCUCCCUCAGUCCCUCAGCGAACAUUGGACCUCUCACUCCAUCCCGAUUCUUCUUAAUGUUUAUUAUACUUUGGAUUUUCUUCAUGAAGCUUACAGGAAGACUGGCCCCCAAGGGCCUCUUGUUUGGGCCACUCACCUCUUUGCCCGUACCUAUAUCACGAACCUGCGAUAUCCGACUGCCAUUGAUAACGGAUCAGUCGAUCAAGCCGACAAAGAACUCGGUACUUAUCUUGGCAAAACUUUGAGCUCUGUUGGCGAAGCACUGAAGACGCCAGGUGGCGCCAUGAGAGAUGAUGUGCUGGCAACAGUAUGGAUUCUAACGAAUUAUGAGCUUCUCAUGGGCUCCAUCAACCGUGUAUCGCCUAUGAACCCAUGGCACCUUCAUACGAAUGGGCUAUACAGCAUUCUAAAACAAAGAGGGGCGGCUUCUUUGAGGAAACAGACUAAUAGAAUGGGUUUCUGGCCUGCAUAUAACAUGGUGCAAGUACGGUGUCUACUAACAUCUCUUGAGUGUCCUCCCGAGUCACAAGAAUGGUUUGAUGCUAUCAGGGAAACACUUCACCCUGGAGAAGGAUUGGCUGUCGAGGUUGGCGAAUACGUUUGCAAAAUUGCACAUGUACAAGUACGCAUUCUCAAUAUUCUUCGGGUCCGAGACUUUGAAGCUGCCGCCGCCCAGUACUAUGAGUUGAUGGACAUUGUAUUCAAAGCCGAAGAACAGUUCACCACUUUUGACGCAAGCUACUCUUACUACGACGAGGUUUUCAAUCCCUACCUGCGUAAUAUGCUCAAUUCGACGCGAGUCAAGGGUUAUCAUGUCGUUUUGACAUUCGCAAACUUCUUGAGCCACCACUGGGCCACUCCUAUUCCUAUCCACGAACUCAAGGUACUGCGCGCACAUUGCAUAAAGCGGGUUCGAACCGACUCGAAAGAAAUCAUGGCCUCGGUGGAACGGAAUCUUGACCCAGCAUCGUUUCGCAACAACCCGUCCCCGAGGACGGUGUUUGACGCUUUGAAAAUCAUCUGGCCCCUGACAGCGGUUUAUCUUGUGCCAUCAACUCUUCAUGAGGAUAGCGAAGCCGCCGGAGUGUCACUACAGUUCAUUGGGCGUGAACUUGGAGUUAGGCAAGGUCUUAGGGUGAACCGAGGAGAGUCGAUGCUGCCACCAGAGGCGGAUGCACCUUCAAAGCUGGCCGAGGAUGAGAAUUUCGAUCCAUUACCAAAAAGCAGAGGAAUAAUGUAG